AGCCAAGGGUGCUUCCUUGUGCUGCCUCUCUGCGCCCCGUCCCCGUCUCCACAUGGCCACAGAGCAAGUGAGGGGGCAGCAUGGCCCAGCCCGGGCCCCCAGCCCCCAGAAGCCCCCUGUGGGGGUCGUGGCUCCCAGGAGUGGUGCUGAGGGACAACCCUUGACCAGGAGGAGAAGCAGGAGGGAGAGGGGGCCCCAAGGGUCCCGGAAAGGUGCUGACAGCUCUGGGAGGCAGACCCCGAUCCAGUGCCCCGAGGCCCCAGCGAGCAGCAAGAACCCCUCGAGGCCAGGAGGACAGGAGGAGCCAGCACCUGCGGCGCCCGGGCCAGCCUCUCGUCGCCAGUCCCACCGGCAUCGUCCUGCCUCCCAGCAUGAUGCUGCUCAGAAGACAUAUGGGCCCCUGCUCAACCGCAUCUUUGGGAAGGACCGAGAGCUGGGCCCCGAGGAGCUGGAUGAGCUUCAGGCCGCCUUUGAGGAGUUUGACAGUGACCGUGACGGCUACAUCGGCUACCGGGAGCUGGGCGCCUGCAUGCGGACGCUGGGCUACAUGCCCACUGAGAUGGAGCUCAUCGAGGUCUCCCAGCACGUCAAGAUGCGAAUGGGUGGCCGUGUGGACUUCGAGGAAUUUGUGGAACUGAUGGGCCCAAAGCUGAGAGAGGAGACGGCGCACAUGCUGGGGGUGCGGGAGCUGCGCAUGGCCUUCCGAGAGUUUGACAGGGACAGGGACGGACGAAUCACAGUGGCAGAGCUGCGACAGGCAGCACCAGCUCUCCUCGGGGAGCCGCUGGCGGAUCCUGACCUGGAUGAGAUGCUCCGAAAUGUGGACCUCAACGGGGAUGGCACCGUAGACUUUGAUGGCUCCAGCAGAUUUUCACCUGCCGGCCCCAGACCAGCAGGGUUCACGCUGCAUACCCUCCCCACGGGGCCCCAGGAUGGAAGAGACCAGCAGCCCCCAGGCUUCUUGUGCCCCUGACAACAUCUGGCUGGAGAGUUGGCUUGUCACCUGCCCACCCUCAUCUUCACCUCCUCCCCACCCAAAGUGCUCAACUGCCUGUCAUUCCCCAGUGUGAGCGAGAUUUGAACCUUUCCAGUCCCUUGGGAGGGAAGUAGGCCGCCACCUGGCACUGGCAGCAUUAAAACAUGGGGCAGUUUUGCCCUGGCCAGUGUGGCUCAGUUGGUUGGUCAUCUUGCAC